GUCCUGAGCUACCGCCUCACCAGCCUGGAGGCCGGUGAGGAGCCGCCCCCGCCGAGCCCCGCUAGCCCCGGUGCUGCCACGUCGCCUGCCACCUCCCCUGAGCCGGGGGUUGAGGAGAAGGAGGAAGAGGAGGAGGCGGGUGAUGAGCUGGAGGGCAACAUCAUUUGCCCUCCCGUGCUCUAUUACAGCUGCGAGCCUGCUGAGCCUCAUCUGCCGCCAGCAGCAGCAGCUGCGGGGAAAUGGGAGCAUGUUGAGGCCUGGAGACCGCAGGAGCAAGACAAAGCCCAGAGCCCCCCAUGUCCCAGUGCUGGGCCUUCAUUGCUGCACCCCACCAGCCCUCAACAGCUCCACAGCACCCUGGGGCAGCUGCAGCUGCUCAGUGCCUUGCUGGCAGAGCUGUCAGUGCUCGCCCGUGGUGCUACGCCUGCUGCCAUCCACCCCCAUCUGGCCUGGCUCUACAAGGGCCCAGGGGGUGGUAGCAUGGCCUCACGGCCCCCCAGCCCCAGCCACUCCUCUGCCCUCCGGCCUGCAGAGGCACCCAUGGGGCCAGGUGGGAGCAGUGGAGCUGCUAGCCCUCAAUCCAAGCAAGGCUGGCGAGAGGGCACCGCGCCAGGGUCUUCCCGGGCUGAGAGAGGACCUAAGAAAGCUGUAGUCCAGGGACAGGCAGGCUCUGAAAGGAACUGCAAAACUAAGGAAAACAGACCUCCCAGAAGGAAACUGUUGUACGGGCUGACAAAUACACUGCGGCUACGGCUGCAGCAGACCAAUCCUGAUAAACUGAUAAUUCAUGAAAGGAGGGAGCAGUACAGAAAAAAGCAAAUGGAGAUGAUGGAGAGAGGCCCUUUAUCCAAAAGGAAGCUGCUCAGAAAUGCUGGAGGACAGGAUGUGGUUUCUUACAGGCAUGGUAGCAAGGGAGACGGUUCAAAGCAGAAUAAUCAGCUUGACAAAACUGUUGAGACUACAUUACAAAACAGUGCUCUCGCAGAGUACGUUUCUGUGACAGCAGGUGCAUCCCCUGAUGUGCAGAAACAGCCUAUUGCAUGUCUAUCGAAGAGUGAUGAAAUUGCAAGCAAGGAACGUCCAUGGAAAGUAACUACAGCCCCCUUAGUGGAGGAAGCUGUAUCAAAAUCUGCUCGCAAGGAAGAGUAUGCAAAAGCCCAGCUCCCGGCAGCUUUCCCAUCAGAUGCUAAUGCAAAGGGAAGUAAUGAGGAAGUGAUACACUUAAUCCAACGUAAAACCGCAGAGCAUGAUGAUGGGUCUGUUGCAAGUGAUCAUAAACCAAGCCCCAGCAGGAGUGUUGAAAAUAACUCUGAAUUCAUAUACUCAGAUGAUUUCAUUGCUAGUCCUGAGAACACAGUUUAUUCGGAUGAUUUCACCAGUGCUGAGUGUAUGAGCAAAGACUCGGAAGCUCUUGACAGCAGUCCUGAACCUCUGUGGCUUGAAAGCACAAAGCGAGGUUGGUCAGAUACAGAGCUGGAAUCCAGCAGGUCCCGAAUUUCAAAGACAAGUCAAAGAGCUGAAAGUAUUUCAGAUCUGCCAGUUCCUUCGGUUUCAUCUCCAGUCCAGUCUUCGAAGAGAAACAGUGGCUUAAAAUCCAGCAAGAGAACUAGUAAUGAAUCUGUUGAUUCAAUUAAUGAUGCCUCCAUUCGAGCAAGGUUAUUGGAUGAAGAGGAGGAAGCCCAACAGAUCAGUAAGGAAGAGAAGAGGGGUGAUCAGCAUAUUAAACAAGUACCUACACUGAGAAGCAAACAGGUUAGCUCUGAUGCUGAUCUGUAUAUAGGAAAGGGGCAAAGCUCUGAUGCUGACCUGAAUAUAGGAAAGGGGCAACCCCCUGCAGGAAAAAGCCAGUCAGUAACUCAAGUUAGGUCUUACUUGCCAUCCAACAUGUCUGAUCUUGAACUUAGUGUUCUGGAAAACAGUAUGUCAGACAAAGAGGAGGAUUUUCUGGGAAAACUACGUGUUCCUCAUCAAUAUAAAGACAUCAGUGAACUUGUAAUAAACAAACUUCCGGGAUACACAAUGUAA